GGGGGAAAGAUUUUGGUUUUACUUUUCACAAAAUUUUGAAAGCUUCUUUCUCGUUCCGUUCCCUCAAAGGCUCUAACCAGAUGGUCUGAUGUAGGCACUUCCUCUAUUAAACUAAAUUAUUUUACUCCUUCCCUUACACCUUGACCGUUGCUUUCUUUGCGUAGACUUUAUUUUUACCCUCAGAAUAGAUUCUCUGAUGCUGCAAGGAAGUGGUGUCACAAAUAUGUGUUGCAUGUCUUGAAAGCAGAAGGAGACUAUUAACCUUCUCCUCUUGCACUUAGUGGGACCGGAGAAUCGCAGCAUAUGCUUUGUACCUUGUUCGGGUUGCAUGUGUUAUGCCUUGGACCUAAGAAGCACGGAUAAGGAUACAUGGUACAGACACGACACUAGAUGGACACGUCAUUUCUCCAAAAACUAGGACAGGGACAGGUAGCUGUUGAAGUAGAGCGAGAAGAAAGUGAAGGUGGCACGGUGGGAGAAACAUUCACAGACUAUCGCCCUCCAAAACUUCGUAUUGGGCCUUGCCAUCCUGAUCCUGUUGUAGAGACUUCAUCCUUAUCAGCAGUGCAUCCACCUGAACCAACUUAUGAUCUGAAGAUCAAAGAUGAACUAGAAAGUUCAGGACCAUUGUCAUGCUUGCAAAUUGAGACACUGGUUUAUGCUAGCCAGAGACAUCUCCAGCACCUUCCAGAUGGUGCCAGGGCAGGUUUUUUUAUUGGAGAUGGAGCUGGUGUGGGCAAAGGACGAACAAUUGCAGGAUUAAUAUUGGAGAACUGGCGUCACGGGAGGAGGAAAGCAUUGUGGAUUUCUGUUGGUUCAGACUUGAAAUUUGAUGCAAGAAGAGACUUAGACGACGUCGGUGCAACAAAUAUUGAAGUCCAUGCCUUGAACAAGCUGUCUUAUUCGAAGCUUGAUUCAAAGUCUGUCGGCGUUAGGGAUGGAGUUAUUUUCUUGACGUACAGCUGUCUAAUAGCAUCUACUGAGAGAGGCCGGUCUCGUUUGCAACAACUUGUACAAUGGUGUGGGACAAAAUAUGACGGUCUUGUCAUAUUUGAUGAGUGUCAUAAGGCCAAAAAUUUGAUUCCUGAAGCUGGAGGGCAACCAACGCAGACGGGCCAAGCAGUUCUGGAGCUGCAGGCUCGACUUACUGAAGCUCGUGUUAUUUAUUGCUCAGCAACUGGUGCAUCAGAACCACGCAAUAUGGGUUAUAUGGUUCGUCUUGGUCUUUGGGGAGCUGGAACGUGUUUCCUUGAUUUCCGUGAUUUUUUAGGUGCUAUACAGAAAGGGGGUGUUGGAGCUCUAGAACUUGUUGCUAUGGACAUGAAAGCAAGAGGGAUGUAUGUAUGUCGUACACUGAGCUACAAAGGGGCGGAGUUUGAAGUCGUUGAAAUUCCGCUAGAGGCCAAAAUGAUGGGUAUGUAUAAUAGAGCAGCAGAAUUUUGGGCUGAGUUGAGAGUGGAAUUGCUAUCAGCAAAUGCAUUGCUCACUGUGAAAAAGCCCAAAAAUGAUCCCCUUUGGAGAUUAUAUUGGGCGAACCAUCAGCGCUUCUUUAGUCACAUGUGUAUGUCAGCUAAGGUGCCUGCUGUAGUAAGAAUUGCUAAGCAAGCAUUAAUUGAGAAUAAAUGCGUGGUUAUUGGCAUACAAAGUACCGGAGAGGCACGAACAGAGGAAGCUGUGGCAAAAUAUGGACUUGAACUUGAUGGUUUUAUUUCUGGACCUCGAGAGCUUCUAUUAAAAUUUGUUGAAGAGCAUUAUCCUCUGCCUCCAAAACCUGUCUUACUACCAGAGGAAAGUGAAAAGAAUCUUCCUCGAAAGAGGCACUUGGCAACACCUGGUGUUUCAGUUGGAGGGAGAGUUACUAAAGUUGCAAAAUGCAAAGCAGGGAGUGAUGAUGAAAGUGACGAAGAAGCUGAAGUGGAUUCUGAACAUGAAUCUACCGAAUGGGAAGCUGAGAGUGAUGCUGAAAGUGAUGAAGAAUCUGAAUCUGAUUUUGAAUCCGAAUCUACUGAUGAGUUUCAAAUACAUGACACUUAUAGUCCGGAAGAGCUUGUUGAUUCUACCUUCUUAGUCCCACCUGUUAUAGACGCAGUAUCAGGGGAUGUGUCCUGUCAUUCAGGCCAGGGAAAACAAGAUCAAUAUCUCCAAGCCAGAAAUGCCUUGCUUGCAGAACUAGUGAAGAGGUACGAAGGAGCUGUGGAGCGAAAAUCAAAACUUUUGGAUGUAAUUCGUUCUUUGGAGCUUCCAGACAAUCCAUUGGAUGAUAUAAUUGACCAGCUUGGGGGUCCUUGUAAUGUUGCAGAAAUCACCGGUAGGCGAGGCAUGCUUGUUAGAACUUCUGAUGGGAAAGGUGUCACGUAUCUGGCGCGCAACACAAAGGAGGUACCCAUGGAUAUGGUCAAUAUGAAUGAGAAGCAGCUCUUCAUGGAUGGUAAGAAGCUGGUUGCAAUAAUUUCUGAAGCUGGGUCUGCUGGUGUUUCUUUGCAGGCAGACAGAAGGGCAAUAAAUCAGAAAAGAAGGGUUCAUUUAACGCUAGAACUACCUUGGAGUGCUGACAGAGCAAUUCAACAAUUUGGAAGAACCCACCGGUCAAACCAAGCUUCUGCACCAGAAUAUAGGUUAUUGUUUACUAAUCUUGGUGGUGAACGCCGAUUUGCGUCCAUUGUUGCCAAGAGAUUGGAGUCUCUGGGAGCCUUAACACAGGGGGACCGUCGGGCUGGACCAUCUUUAAGUGCUUAUAACUAUGAUAGUGCUUAUGGAAAGAGGGCACUGAUGAUGAUGUACAGCGGAAUUAUGGAGCAGGAUCCUCUACCAGUUUUGCCCCUGGGAUGUAGUGCUGAAAACCCAGGUGCAAUCCAAGAUUUUAUUGUGAAGGCAAAAGCGGCACUUUUUUCUGUUGCAAUUGUGAGAGAGAAUAUUCGGGGUAAUGGGACGGGCUCGGGAAUAUUUUCUAGCCACAUAGCUGAUUCAGAUAUGCAUGAUGUAGGCCGUUUCCUUAACCGUAUCUUGGGGCUGCCACCUGAUAUCCAAAACGGGCUAUUUGAGUUAUUUGUCAGCAUAUUUGAUCUCGUCAUUCAGAAAGCACGCCUGGAAGGGUAUUUUGAUUCAGGCAUUGUUAAAAUGAGAGCGAACACCAUCGAAUUGCGUGGAAAUCCGAAGGUUGUUUACGAGGAUCCUUUGUCUGGUGCAUCGACUUUGCUGUUCACCUUCACCCUGGAUCGUGGAACCACAUGGAAGUCUGCGUCUGCAUUGUUGGAUGAGAAGCAAAAGGAUGGGUCUGAUUUGACUAAUAUUGGAUUCUACGAAUCUAGGAAUGAAUGGAUGGGAAGGCGACACUUCCUUUUAGCUAUCAAAGGUUCUGCUUCUGGAUUGUACAAGAUAUUCCGGCCUGCCACUGGGGAUACACUUAGUAGGGAGAUGCUUUUAACUGAAUUAAAAGAGAAAUACGUAAAGGUUUCAUACUUAGAGAAGGCUAGGAGCGGUUGGGAAGCGGAGUAUGAAGUGUCCUCCAAACAGGUUCUUCUGAUGGCAUACAUUUGCCUUUACCUGCAGUGCAUGCACGGCCCUAAUUGCAAGCUUGGUAACUUCUGCACAGUUGGAAGAAGAUUACAAGAGGUAAAUGUGUUAGGUGGCCUUAUCCUUCAGAUUUGGGGAUCUAUUGAGAAGGUCAUCUCCAAGCAGGCCCAUCAAAGCCAUAAACGACUCCGUGUGGUACGUAUUGAGACUACUACGGACAAUCAACAAAUUGUUGGGCUUCUUAUUCCAAAUGCAGCAGUUGCAUCUGUGCUUCAAGGGGUUCAAGAUGCUGGUGAUUGAGAUGUACCAAGUGUGGAGACGGCUUCUUUUUGGCUAUGGUUGAUUGGCAUAUAUAGGAGAACGAUUUUUGAGGUAUAGUGCGCAUACUUUUGCUUGAUUUAACUUAUUCUCGUUCACAGUAGUGUCAUUCGGGAUGUAUAUAAUAUGGUUUUUGUCCAGUUUCAACAGAUGAUUAUCCAGCCCCGAACAUAUUAUAACAGCUGAAAUGAAAUAUAAUGCUUUUGGUUACUAGGCUCGAA